GGCGCAUGCGCACACAGGUUUCCCGUUUUGGACAAAACGUACACUUUUCCGGGUAGUCUCCAAAGAAAAAACAUUUGACAACUGUUACAAAUAUUUAAUGUGAACAACGAACAGUUUAAGUGAGUGUGAGUCGGUUUAUCCAUAUCAGGAUAAACUCGUGAACUAGCUCCUCGGGCUAGCAUAGCAUGCUAGCUGCUAACAAAGAGACAAGGACGUUAUCUCCACGACAUUAUCGCUAAGCAGAGAUCAAGUGUGAGUGUAAAGUGUCUCGAUGGUGUGAAAUGCUGAGAGCGUCGGUGAAUCAGCGAUUAACUGCGCCCGUUGAAUAAAUAUUUGUAGUGUGAGAAAAAAAACGGCAGCAGAGUACGAGGAGGAACUUUGUCGAACAAAAGAGGACAACGUCAACGACUGGACGAGGUUUCAAGAAGCCCCAAGUUGUGUUACAAAGAGCAGACAUCAGUGAAGAACAUCAGCGGGAAGCAGUGGGAGUGGAACUCAAGGAUGGAACAGGAAGAGCUACAGCCCCUUUAUAUUAAACAAGAAGAAGAGGAGCCACAGACCACCUACAUUAAACAGGAGGAGGAAGAUUACAGCAUUAGUCAGGAAGAGGAAGAGGAAGAACUAGAGGAGUUCCCAGUUAUUGUAGUAAAGAGUGAAGAUGAUGAAGACAUGGGUGAGGAGAACAGCGAGGUGGAGCCUCCAAGCAGCAGCUCCACUCAACACAUAACAGAAGCUGAUGGAGACCACAGUGGAGGAUCACAAGCAGACAACCUCUUAGCUCCGCUAUCGGAUAGCGAUGACAUAACGUCACACUCUCCUGACACUGACGAUGAAGACUCUGAAACUGAUAUGACAUGUCACACUGACAACACACGCUGGAAAUGCUCACGGUGUGAUAAAACGUUUGUUAAUAAGGAGCGCCUGGAUAUCCACAUGAGACAUCACACAGGAAAGAAACCAUGCACCUGCUCAAUUUGUGGUAAAAGAUUCUCUCAGCUGUCAAAUUUGAAAGUGCAUACAAGAAUACACACGGGACAGAAACCUUUUCUGUGCACGGUGUGUGGUAAAAGUUUCUCUCAAACAAGUGAUUUAAAACGGCACACAAGAAUACACACAGGAGAGAAACCUUAUCCUUGCACGGUGUGCGGCAAUAGAUUCAAUCAUAAAGGUGAUUUAAAGAAACACACAAGAAUACACACCGGCGAGAAACCUUAUCCUUGCACGGUGUGUGGUAAAAGAUUCAAUCAAAAAGUUGUUUUGAAAAGACACACACGAAUACACACCGGAGAGAAACCUUACGCUUGCACAGUGUGUGGUAAAAGAUUCAAUCAAAAGGUUGUUUUAAAAACACACACAAAAAUACACACUAGCGAGAAACCUUUUCCAUGCACGAUAUGUGGCGAAAGAUUCAAUCGAAAAGGGGAUUUAACGAGCCACACAAGAAGACACACUGGAGAGAAACCAUUUCCCUGCACAGUGUGUGGGAAAAGGUUUUCUGAGCAGUCACGUUUAAAAGUGCAUACAAGAAUACACACUGGAGAGAAACCUUUUCUUUGCCUGGUGUGUGGGAAAAAAUUUGAUACGCAAAGUAAUUUAAAAAGACACACAAGAAUACACACUGGAGAGAAACCUUUUUCCUGCACAGUUUGUGGCGCAAGAUUUGUUCAGAACUCGCAUUUGAAAGCACACACAAGAACACACAAUAGACAAAUUGUUUAAUGUGUGGGCAGCGAUUCACAAAUAGUACAAACCUGACUGAACACAAAAGAAUCCACACUGGGGAGUGACAAACAUUUUGAAGGGAUGGGAUGAAUUACACUUUAAAAGUUGUGCAAAAUAACAAUGUCUUACAUUGUUAAUUGACAUUAUGCUGAAAUGUUUGUUUCAUCUAUCGCAUGUAUGAACCUUUUUUCUUCUAUUUUAGACUUGACAAUUGUAUAUUUGACCCGUAAUCGUUUGCAUGGGUUUGAUUCCUUGCAUCAGGAACAGCAUCUGGAGUAAAAAAAAAAAAGUCAAAUCAAUCCGCUGCAAUGAUAUAAUACAGUGGUAAGAAAAAGUAUGUACACCUUGUGGAAUUUCAUGGUUUUCUGAAUAAAUUUGUCC